AUGUCCCUCAAUCAUCUCACCAUCUCAGGACCGUCUCAGGACAUAAUCGAAAAGGUUUCAAGGCGCCUCAUCACUUCCAAAGAGUCGGACAGAUUGCUUGCCUAUUUACCCGGUCGUCUUAGUGAACUCGGCUGGAACGAUCGUGUCUACGACGAGUGCAUAGCAUGGCUUCGACAAAAUACUGUGACUGAGCAGAAUGUUCACUGCAAAGACCUGCCUGACCCGAAUAAAAUUAAGCUGGAAACUCUUGUCACUGCCCUUAAACCCAAAGUACAAAGUUGGAUUCCGACCAAGGUGAAAAUGGAACUGAUGAAUCGGAUAAUGGAGUUUAUUGGGGAACAGGAAAUUGACGAAUAG